CGUGCAUAAAGCUUUCUUUAAUCGCCGGCUCUCGCUCGCUCGCCCGCCUCGCCCUCGCCUCUCCUCUCCUCUCCUCUCCUUAUUCUAAUCCUCCCCUCGCCGUGGAGGGUUAGGGUUUUGAGGAGGAGCCUAAUCUCGUAGAGGUAGCAGUGGUAGUAGAAAGAGGGUGGCCGAGGCGAGGCGGGGCGAGUCUCUCUCUCUAUCUCCACCCCGUCCAGAGCCACACGCAGCCGAGGAUUCGGGUCGUGAGGUGUGCAGAUCCAGGGCGCAGGCCCUUUUUGGGACGCAGGAUAGAGACGGUGAAAAGGCGACGCGGGUCUGCACUCGUGUCGUGUCUGCUCCUCCCGGGGGACGUGGGAGGAUGAGCUUCGGGGGCCUCUUCGACGGCGGCGGCGGAGGCGGCGGCAUGCAGUUCCCUUACGCCGGCGCCUUCUCGUCCUCGCCCGCGCUCUCCCUCGGGCUGGACAACGCCGGCGCCCGAGACGGCGGCAUAGGCGGGCGGAUGUUUGCUGACGGCGCGGGCGGCGCGAUGGCCAGGGACGCGGAGGCGCAGAACGACAGCCGGUCGGGGAGCGACCACCUGGACGCCAUCUCCGGCGUCGGCGACGACGACGACGACGCCGAGCCCAGCGGCAGCAACCCCCGCAAGCGGAAGAAGCGCUACCACCGCCACACGCCGCAGCAGAUCCAGGAGCUCGAAGCGCUGUUCAAGGAGUGCCCCCACCCGGACGAGAAGCAGCGCGCCGAGCUCAGCAAGAGGCUCUCCCUCGACGCGCGGCAGGUCAAGUUCUGGUUCCAGAACCGCCGCACGCAGAUGAAGACGCAACUGGAGCGGCACGAGAACGCGCUGCUGAAGCAGGAGAAUGAAAAGCUGCGCACGGAGAACCUGACCAUCAGGGAGGCCAUGCGCACCCCAAUGUGCGGCGGCUGCGGCAGCCCGGCCAUGCUCGGGGAGGUCUCCCUUGAGGAGCAGCACCUGCGCAUCGAGAAUGCACGGCUCAAGGACGAACUCAACCGUGUCUGCACCCUUGCCACCAAGUUCCUCGGCAAGCCCGUGUCCCUUCUGUCGCCGCUCCAGCUGCAGCCACACCUGUCGAUGCCCUUGCCAAACUCCUCACUGGAGCUAGCAGUCGGGGGAAUCGGUGGCAUAGGGUCUAUGCAGCCUUCGAUGCACGGUAUGAUGAGUGAGUAUGCCGGGGGUGCCUCAAGCUCCAUGGGCACCGUCAUCACACCAGCACGGGCCACCGGGCCUGCUUUAGCAUCUAUGGUGGACAUUGACAGGUCUGUGUUCUUGGAGCUUGCAAUUAGCGCAAUGGAUGAACUUGUCAAGAUGGCACAGACCGAUGAUCCUUUGUGGGUUACGGGAUCGCCUGGUUUUCCGGACAAGGAGUCACUCAACUUUGAGGAGUAUCUCCACUCCUCCCAGCAUUGCAUUGGCAUGAAGCCUGUUGGAUUUGUGUCUGAGGCCUCUAGGGAGUCCGGCCUGGUCAUCAUCGACAAUAGUGUUGCCCUUGUAGAGACCCUUAUGGACGAGAGGCGGUGGUCCGACAUGUUCUCAUGCAUGAUUGCUAAGGCCACAAUCCUUGAGGAGGUGUCUAACGGCAUUGGUGGAAGCAGAAAUGGAGCGUUGCUGCUAAUGAAGGCUGAGCUGCAGGUGCUCUCACCUCUGGUCCCCAUAAGGGAGGUUAUUUUUCUCAGGUUUUGCAAGCAGCUGGCUGAGGGUGCCUGGGCAGUGGUGGAUGUGUCCAUUGAUGGAUUAUUGAGCAAUCAAAAUUCUGCUGCCACAUCCGCAGGCUCAAACUUGAAGUGUAGGAGGCUACCUUCCGGCUGUGUGAUGCAAGAUACUCCCAAUGGCUACUGCAAGGUCACAUGGGUUGAGCAUACUGAAUACGAUGAGGCAUCUGUCCAUCAGUUCUACCGACCACUUCUCCGAUCUGGUCUUGCCUUUGGCGCCAGCCGUUGGCUCGCCACUCUGCAGCGCCAGUGUGAAUGCCUGGCCAUCCUCAUGUCCUCUGCUACAGUGUCACCUAAUGAACCAACAGCUAUAUCGCAAGAGGGUAAGCGUAGCAUGCUGAAGCUCGCACGCAGGAUGACGGAGAACUUCUGUGCGGGGGUGAGCGCAUCAUCUGCACGUGAAUGGAGCAAGCUGGAUGGUGCAACAGGCAGCAUCGCUGAGGAUGUGCGUGUCAUGGCACGAAAGAGCGUGAGCGAGCCUGGGGAGCCACCAGGGGUGGUGCUGAGUGCCGCCACAUCUGUAUGGGUGCCUAUUGCCCCUGAGAAGUUGUUCGACUUUCUGCGUGAUGAACAGCUGCGUGCCGAGUGGGACAUCCUCAGUAAUGGAGGGCCCAUGCAGGAGAUGGCUCGAAUUGCAAAGGGACAUCAGAAUGGAAAUUCGGUAUCCCUCCUCAGAGCCAGUGCCAUGAGUGCCAACCAGAGCAGCAUGCUGAUCCUUCAGGAAACGUGCACUGAUGCAUCCGGGUCGAUUGUUGUAUACGCUCCUGUGGAUAUCCCUGCAAUGCAGCUCGUCAUGAACGGCGGGGACUCCACCUAUGUUGCUCUGCUGCCAUCUGGAUUUGCCAUUCUGCCCGACGGUCCUAGCAUCGGCAGCGAGCACAAGACCGGCGGUUCUCUGCUGACCGUGGCAUUCCAGAUUCUUGUGAACAGCCAGCCCACCGCCAAGCUCACCGUGGAAUCGGUCGAGACCGUGAACAAUCUUAUCUCCUGCACUAUCAAGAAGAUCAAGACGGCGCUGCAAUGUGCAACGCCUGAGUGUUAGGGUGGAUUUUGCCUUGGGGAGGACCGGCGACGUCGAGCCUGAGUCAAGAACGAACCGCGCAAUGAAAAAAAAAAUCCUUUGCUAGGUGAUAAGGAUCUUACUUGAAAGGUCCUUAGCACAGAGCAAUGGUGGUGGUUCGGGUAUUGACUCGGCCUCUUCCGUCGGCUGUAUUCCCCGGUGCCAUGCAUUUUAGACAUUUCUUGAAGGACAUGCUAUAGUUCCAUCGUUUUAGGGUGAACUUUCGGCUGGCUCGUUGCCUCUGUUUUGUCCGUCUCUCUCUUUCUGUUGUAAGGAUGAGCUGGUGUGCAAGUGGAGACUCAGGAAGGCUGGGUUGAUCUACUAGUGCCGUCCAUAGGUUCUGGUAGAGGUCUAGAAUCAAACAUGAACGUUUGAAAGCUAUCAGCCAAAUAAUGUCUGGCGUUGCUGUGGAUCAACUGGGAUUUAUUUUUGCAAUCAAUGGCCGGCCAAAGUUCAGAUUGUUGCUGCA